UCCAUGAUCUUUGCCCUGUAUUGUAUCUACGUGUAGAUGAGGUGAUUGUCAAAAAUACGUACUGACUUCAAGACAUAGUGUGAACUGAAGUUGUCUUUAUUAGAAAUCUCAGCCGUGCCUCCAGUUUCGAGAUGAAUCUCAAUUCACAAGUUCCACUACCACCACCACCAUCACUGCCCCCAGAUAGAAUGAGACUUCUAAUAACUUGAAAGACAAGUCUAUAAAUAUCUUGUAAUCGUUUUCACUGUAUCACUUUUUCCUGGCUACUUUUAUCCGAUAAAAAUCUCAAUUUAUUUUUAAGCUAUUAAACAUGCGGACAAACGGAAUCUUAGUUUUAUGCAAAAACGCAACCAUGCAUGAGAACUGCGCAAGUCUUUCUUGGAAUGGUCUGUAUUUAGGUGAAGUCAUCAGACGUCAUUACACUUAUUUUGGGGUUGCCAACUCGUUUCCCAGGAUUUAAAGAUUAUAACGAUGAUAAAAGUCAGUUUCGCACCCUGUCAAAGUCUUGGCCCAUUGCCUUUUCCUUCCCGGCAAUACUCGGUUCAAUUAGGUCUUGUCCCCUCAUUAUCUGUGAGGACUGAAUUCCACCCCCUCUUUUCAACGCAGGCUCUUUGCUCGGGGAAAGUCAAACCAUCCCUCAAAGGAUCAAAGAGCUCAGCCAUAGACAGAGCCGCCGGAGGAAAGCGGAGUCGCUGCGUCAGAUGAAAGGGGCCCCUCAGCCUCACUCCUCACCGCAGCUCCUGGGAUCUUAAAGACAGGGUCUGGUGGAUCAGGAGGGACAAGAGGGAUGGAGGCGAAAGGCUGGAUCCUUAAUCCAGGCCGGAGACAAAGUGACUUAAGCAACGGAGCGCGGUGAAGCCCAUUUUUCUCCUUCCUCGCAGCCGCGCCGGGGAGCUCGCGGCGCGCGGCCCCUGCCCUCCGGCCCGAGAUGAAUCCUGCGGCAGAAGCCGAGUUCAACAUCCUCCUGGCCACCGACUCCUACAAGGUUACUCACUAUAAACAAUAUCCACCCAACACAAGCAAAGUUUAUUCCUACUUUGAAUGCCGUGAAAAGAAGACAGAAAACUCCAAAUUAAGGAAGGUGAAAUAUGAGGAAACAGUAUUUUAUGGGUUGCAGUACAUUCUUAAUAAGUACUUAAAAGGUAAAGUAGUAACCAAAGAGAAAAUCCAGGAAGCCAAAGAGGUCUACAAAGAACAUUUCCAAGAUGAUGUCUUUAAUGAAAAGGGAUGGAACUACAUUCUUGAGAAAUAUGAUGGGCAUCUUCCAAUAGAAGUAAAAGCUGUUCCUGAGGGCUUUGUCAUUCCCAGAGGAAAUGUUCUCUUCACGGUGGAAAACACAGAUCCAGAGUGUUACUGGCUUACAAAUUGGAUUGAGACUAUUCUUGUUCAGUCCUGGUAUCCAAUCACAGUGGCCACAAAUUCUAGAGAGCAGAAGAAAAUAUUGGCCAAAUAUUUGUUAGAAACUUCUGGUAACUUAGAUGGUCUGGAAUACAAGUUACAUGAUUUUGGCUACAGAGGAGUCUCUUCCCAAGAGACUGCUGGCAUAGGAGCAUCUGCUCAUUUGGUUAACUUCAAAGGAACAGAUACAGUAGCAGGAAUUGCUCUAAUUAAAAAAUAUUAUGGAACGAAAGAUCCUGUUCCAGGCUAUUCUGUUCCAGCAGCAGAACACAGUACCAUAACAGCUUGGGGGAAAGACCAUGAAAAAGAUGCUUUUGAACACAUUGUAACACAGUUUUCAUCAGUGCCUGUAUCUGUGGUCAGCGAUAGCUAUGACAUUUAUAAUGCGUGUGAGAAAAUAUGGGGUGAAGAUCUAAGACAUUUAAUAGUAUCGAGAAGUACAGAGGCACCACUAAUAAUCAGACCUGAUUCUGGAAACCCUCUUGACACUGUGUUAAAGGUUUUGGAGAUUUUAGGUAAGAAGUUUCCUGUUACUGAGAACUCAAAGGGUUACAAGUUGCUGCCACCUUAUCUUAGAGUUAUUCAAGGGGAUGGAGUAGAUAUUAAUACCUUACAAGAGAUUGUAGAAGGCAUGAAACAAAAAAAGUGGAGUAUUGAAAAUAUUGCCUUCGGUUCUGGUGGAGCUUUGCUACAGAAGUUAACAAGAGAUCUCUUGAAUUGUUCCUUCAAGUGUAGUUAUGUUGUAACUAAUGGCCUUGGGAUUAACGUGUUCAAGGACCCAGUUGCUGAUCCCAACAAAAGGUCCAAAAAGGGCCGAUUAUCUUUACAUAGGACGCCAGCAGGGAAUUUUGUUACACUGGAGGAAGGAAAAGGAGACCUUGAGGAAUAUGGUCAUGAUCUUCUCCAUACUGUCUUCAAGAAUGGCAAGGUGACAAAAAGCUAUUCAUUUGAUGAAAUAAGAAAAAAUGCACAGCUGAAUAUUGAACUGGAAGCAGCACCUCAUUAGGCUUUAUGACUGGGUGUGUGUUGUGUGUGUGUGUAUGUGCAUGCACACACACACCUGUGUGUAUGUAAUACAUAAUGUUUAUUGUACAGAUGUGUGGGGUUUGUGUUUUAUGAUACAUUGCAGCCAAAUUAUUUGUUGGUUUAUGGACAUACUGCCCUUUCAUUUUUUUUCUUUUCCAGUGUUUAGGUGAUCUCAAAUUAGGAAAUGCACUUAACCAUGUAAAAGAUUAGUGCUAAAGUAAGCUUUUUAGGGCCCUUUGCCAAUAGGUAGUCAUUCAAUCUGAUAUUGAUCUUUUCACAAAUAACAGAACUGAGAAACUUUUAUAUAUAACUGAUGAUCACAUAAAACAGAUUUGCAUAAAAUUACCAUGAUUGCUUUAUGUUUAUAUUUAACUUGUAUUUUUGUACAAACAAGAUUGUGUAAGAUAUAUUUAAAGUUUCAGUGAUUUGUCUUUCCAACUUUUCAUGAUUUUUAUGAGCACAGACUUUCAAGAAAAUACUUGAAAAUAAAUUACAUUGCCUUUUGUCCAUUAAUCAGCAAAUAAAACAUGGCCUUAACAAAGUUGUUUGUGUUAUUGUACAAUUUGAAAAUUAUGUCAGGACAUACCCUAUAGAAUUACUAACCUCGCUGCCCCUUGUACAAUAUAUAUUAAUCAUUCUACAUUAAAGAAAAUAAUGGUUCUUACUGGAAUGUCUAGGCACUGUACAGUUAUUAUAUAUCUUGGUUGUUGUAUUGUACCAGUGAAAUGCCAAAUUUGAAAGGCCUGUACUGCAAUUUUAUAUGUCAGAGAUUGCCUGUGGCUCUAAUAUGCACCUCAAGAUUUUAAGGAGAUAAUGUUUUUAGAGAGAAUUUCUGCUUCCACUAUAGAAUAUAUACAGAAAUGUAAAAUACUUAAAAAAGUGGAAGUAGUGUAUUUUAAAGUAAUUACACUUCUGAAUUUAUUUUUCAUAUUCUAUAGUUGGUAUGACUUAAAUGAAUUACUGGAGUGGGUAGUGAGUGUACUUAUCUUAAAUGUUUCAAUUCUGUUAUAUUUUUUAUUAAGUUUUUUAAAAAUUAAAUUGGAUAUUAAAUUGUAUGGACAUCAUUUAUUAAUUUUAAACUGAAUGCCCUCAAUAAGUAAUACUGAAGCACAUUCUUAAAUGAAGAUAAAUUAUCUCCAAUGAAAAGCAUGACAUGUGUUUCAAUAGAAGAAUCUUAAGUUGGCUAAAUUCAAAGUGCUUGACAGCAAAAUGUUCUAGAGUGAUUAGCUACUAGAUUCUGAAUCAGACAUCACAUCUGACUAGAGACCAGUUUCUUUCGAAUGAUUCUUUUAUAUAUGUAGAUCUGUUCUUCUGAGGCAGCGGUUGGCCAACUAUGGCCCAAAGGCCAAAUUUGGACUCCUUUUUAUAAAUGCAGAUUGUCUAUGGAUGCUUUCCCACUACUCCAGCCGAAGGUAAACAGCUGCAAUAGAAGCCAAAUGAGAAUCACAAAGCCCAAAAUGUUUAUUAACCUGCCCUUUACACAAAAUCACACAAAAAGUUUCCUGAUCUCUGUUCUAAGAAAAGGAGUGUGCCUUGCAUUUAAAGGGAAAUGUUGGUUUCUAGGGAAGGGAGGAGGCUAAAUAAUUGAUAAGGAAUUUUCCUCUUUUGUCUUCUUUUUUCUCACUUAAGAAUCUGAUACUGGAAGACUGAUUUAGAAAAGUUUUUAACAUGACAUUAAAUGUGAAAUUUUAAAAAUUGAAAAGCCAUAAAUCUGUUUUAAAUAGUUACAUGAGAAAAUGUUUUAUCACUGGAAUAACCUAAUUAGAAGUGAGUUAUCUUCAUUAAAUGUUUUUUGUAAGUGGUAUUAGAAAGAAUAUGUUUUUCAGAUGAUUCUUUAAACAUUUAGUGAGAAUAAUAAGCAUUGUUCACUUUUAGUAAGAGUCUUCUGUAAUCCAUGGUAUAAAAUAAUUUUAAAAUGAUUUUUUAAUGUAUUUGAGUAAAGAGUAGUAUUAAGAAAAACACAUUUCUUCACAAAAUGUGCUAAGGGGCGUGUAAAGAAUCAAACUAUUACCAAUAAUAGUUUUGAUAAUCACCUGUAAUUUUGUGUUUAAACAUUGAAAUUAUAUACUACAGACAGUAUUCUCUGUGUUCUGUGAAUUUCAGCAGCUUCAGAAUAGAGUUUAAUUUAGAAACUUGCAGUUGAAGAAAGCUAUCCAUUUGUUCACAACCAUAAAUCAGGAGAUGGAGAUUAAUUCUAUUGGCUGUUAGUCACUUGGAACUGAUUAAUUCUGACUUUCUGUCACUAAGCACUUGGUAUUUGGCCAUCUCCAUUCUGAGAACCAAACGGUUAACACGAAUGUCCACUAGAACUCUGCUGUGCGUCACCCUUAAAUCAGUCUAACUCUUCCAGACAAAAGCAAAUGGCAUUUAUGGAUUUAAGUCAUUAGAUUUUCAAUUGACAAUAAUUAAUCCCUCUUGAUUGAUUAUAUCAAGUAUUUAUAUUUUAAAUAGGAGGUAGGAUUUCUGUGUUAAGACUCUUAUUUGUACCCUAUAAUUAAAGUAAAAUGGUUUUUAUGAGCAUCCCUUGUUUUCCCUUCUUAAAUUGUUUAUCAAUUUUUAUAAUGAAAUCUAUCUUGGAAAAUUAGAAAGAAAAAUGGCAAGGUAUUUGUUGUUCUGUUUGCCAUAAUUUAGAACUCACACUUAAGUAUUUUUGUAGUUUUACAUUCCUUUUUAAUCCAUUCAGUGGAGAAUGUCAGCUUUUCUCCCAAGUUGUAUGUUAAGUCUAUUCUAAUAUGUACUCAACAUCAACUUAUAAACAUGUAAUAAACAUGGAAAUAAAGUUUAGCUCUAUUA